CCGCCGGUCCGCUCGUGCCUCCAAAAGCCCAUCUGGAACGCGAGCGCGUGCGUCUUGCCCGCAUAAAUGCCUGGUCCAGAGGCGGCGGGACUGCAGGAGAGAGAAGAAGCGCGCGCGGAGCCGCGCUGCACCAACGGAUUAUUUUUUGCUGGCUCUCUCGGGGGGUCAGAGCGCGAGACCAGGAUUCUUCCUUUUAACACAUCCGGACGAUUGGCGACACGGUACCGGCUGGUGACGGCACGUUAACGGAUCAGGACUUUGAACUGGCAGGACAAAUGAAUACAAAUGAAUUUUGCGACCCGAAGGAGAGACCGCGGUACCUCUCACCUCCACGCAAAGAGAGCUCUACUCCUGUGUACUCUUCUGUGUUGCACGUGUUCUUCAGGAUUCACACAAGCGCUGUCUGAAGAUGUGGACGUGUUGCAGCGGUUGGGUCUUCGCUUUGAGCAGGGUCCUCGCUCUGUCCCGUUCGGUGUCAUCCCACUCCACUCCAGCAUCAUCCUCACGUCACGGGCGCGUGUCACUGCUGCCACACGCUCCGUAUUCCCACAGCCUUUCUCCUGGAACACCACACUCGUGCUAAGCAUACGCUCACAUCGUGCCAACUCUGCUUUCCUUUUCUCGGUUUUCUCUGGCUCACGCCUCCAGUUAGGCUUGCAGGUGUCACCGGAUGACCUUACACUCCACGCUGGGCCUGGCAACUCGGUUCGCUUUCCGUAUCAUCUUCAUGAUGGCCGCUGGCACCACCUGGCCCUUGUGCUUGCUGGCCAGACAGCCACCCUGCUGCCUGCUUGUGACAAUGACAGCAGUGGAACAACACAAGAGUUUCCACUACGUCCUCCGUUUCAGCAUUUGGACCCCCGGAGCACCUUCCGACUGGGCGGAAGCAGUGCUUUGCUACCUAACAUUGAACCCUUUGAGGGUGCAGUGUGCCAGUUCGAUGUGGUACCCACAGAACAGGUUAACUAUUGCAAGGCCAUUCGAAAGCAGUGCAGAGAAAAUGACACCUACCGGCCAGCAGCGCCGUCUCCCCUGCUGCCUUUACCCUCCACAAUGGUGCAGUCAUCCACAUCUAAUCAUACCCUUGCAGUCAUGCCCACUCUAAUUCCCUGGACACUCCUGAAUGACUCUGUCACACCUAGAGUCAGAACCAGCCAUGAUUCGACAGGGUUUCGAGCCACAGCGACUCCUCAAAUUCCCCCAACUCAGAUAGGAUUCAAACCGCCACCAUUGCAUGGAAACUCGGACACUGCCACACCGUCACCAACUUUCAGGGCACACAAAGAGCUAAACCAAAAAAGCCCCAAACCCCCAGCCUCCAAGCCCAUGUUGGGAAAAUCCAUCACUGACACCAAACUGACCGGAUCCAGACACACUACAGCAAAAGCUCAAGCUCAAACCGUUACUGUGAAACCGUUACACAUGUUUACAAGUCCAAAACCUGCUGUCUCAAAUCCCAUGAGUGUAUCGAAACCCGGCAGCUCAAAACACACACGCAUAUCAAAAGCCUUCAGCUCCAAACCCACCAGUGCAUCAAAACUUAACAGCACCAACCCCACUAGUGUGUCAAAACCGUCUAACUCAAAACCAAACAGUGAAUCAAAACCUGCUAGCAUAAAACCCACAACCAUAUCAAAACCCACCCAUUCAAAACCGUUAGCCUCCAAACCAGCACUAGUGAAGCCCUCUAAACCCACAAUUCCAAAAGGGCCCCUUCCCAAACCCUCCCCUACUAAACCUCCAUUAGAAACAAGCAGAAAAAAAAUCACAGGAAACGUACUGACCCCGACAGUCAGUCCCACGCAGCGCCAAUUAAACUUAUCGAUAUCUUUAUCUAACAAGAUUCCCGUUACCCCCAAGAAACUAAGCCCUUUGCCAACUAAAAAGGUCCCAAGCAGCACCAGACAGACACCCAGACACAUGCCCCCCAUGCCCAGGACCACACCUGUCAUCCCUGUUGUUUCAAAGAUGCCUCCAAUCACUCUAGUAAAACCUACCAAAAGCUCAGUGGUACAUGCUACCAUGUUGGCCCCAGAGACAGGGACAGUUCUGCCUGCUGAUGGACUUCAGGGCUGGGAUAUGGAUCUAGGACUUUUUGCUUCUCAGAUUGGACCUCCAGGGCAAAAGGGAGAACUUGGACCUGUGGGAAUUCAGGGACCGCAGGGAAAACCAGGAGCACCAGGAAAAAGGGGCCCACAGGGACCACCCGGGCCACACGGCAAUCCAGGAAGACCAGGUCCCCCAGGCUUAAAGGGGAAGAAGGGUGACCCUGGACUUUCACCGGAAAUAGCCCCUAAAGGAGAAAAAGGAGAUUCUGGUAUUAUUGGUCCAGUGGGUUUACCUGGUGCAGAAGGCCAAAAGGGGCAAAAAGGCCAUCCUGGACCACCUGGUCUCCCAGGGGAAACGGGGGAGCAAGGGCCCGAUGGAAGUCCCGGUGCCAAAGGUUAUCCUGGCAGGCAGGGGCUUCCAGGUCCCAUAGGGCCUCGCGGACCAAAAGGUGCUCGGGGAUUUAUCGGCAUCCCAGGCCUUUUUGGUUUACCAGGACCUGAUGGUGAAAGAGGUAGUUCUGGUCCUCCAGGGAAGAGGGGCACGAUGGGUACGCCGGGUUUUCCAGGUGAUUUUGGUGAGAGGGGGCCCCCAGGAGCCGACGGAGAACCUGGUAUCAUUGGUGCCACUGGCCCUCCUGGAGUACUUGGACUGAUUGGUGACAUGGGCCCAGCUGGUGUGGUUGGUUUACCAGGACUGACUGGACUAAAGGGUGUUGCUGGGAACAUGGGCGAGCCCGGACUGAAAGGUGAUAAGGGUGAAAUUGGGUUCCCUGGAAAGCAAGGGGAGAUCGGGUUCCAUGGAGACAAGGGAAUUCAGGGUUUGCCAGGGUUGCCAGGUGCUCGUGGAAAACCUGGACCUCAGGGUAGACCGGGAGAGCGAGGGCCUGACGGGGUCCCUGGACCACCAGGUCCUGAGGGUUUCCCUGGUGACAUCGGACCACCUGGACAAAAUGGGCCUGAGGGACCAAAGGGUGCACCUGGGGUCAGGGGGUUACCAGGACCUCGUGGAGCUGCAGGACGAGAGGGAGAAGAGGGCCCAGUUGGACUACCUGGACCGACAGGACUGGAGGGUAUUAUGGGCAAAAAAGGUUUUCCCGGCAAGCUCGGUCCUGAAGGAGUUAAGGGGGAACAAGGAGACACAGGGAAGGCUGGUCCGAUGGGAGAGAGAGGUUUGGUUGGCUUUGUGGGGCCAGUGGGGGAACCUGGACUAGCAGGAGAAAAGGGCGAUCGAGGAGAGACAGGACUGCCAGGACCACCAGGCGAAAAAGGAUCUAUCGGACAUCCAGGGACUCCUGGAGAGGCCGGUGCUCCUGGACCACCAGGUUCCCCAGGAGCUCCUGGAUCACAAGGUCCUGCUGGCACUCGAGGGCCAAAGGGAAGACGGGGCCCACGAGGGCCAGAUGGUCAGAUUGGCGAGGCUGGCACUGAGGGCAAAAAGGGUCUCAUCGGUCCCCCUGGAAAAGCUGGGUUUCCUGGAGAGCAGGGGAAGAUCGGCGAGCCAGGAGAGACAGGGCCGAAAGGAUUUCCGGGAAUCCAAGGGCCCUCUGGAGCUCCAGGAGAAAAAGGGAUUGCAGGAGAGCCAGGACCCCCAGGAAUACCAGGAACAAUAGGGCCUCUUGGAAACAUUGGACCAAUGGGUCCACCAGGAAAAGUGGGAGACAUGGGAGUCCCUGGUGAGCCAGGAGAGAAGGGUGCGGCGGGAGCCGACGGGAGUGCCGGAGCUCCAGGCCUCAUCGGGCCCAGGGGAGAGCCAGGUUUGGAGGGUGAACUUGGCCCAGCUGGUCCCGACGGUGCCAAGGGUGAAAAAGGUGACAUGGGGCCAGAGGGUGAACCUGGUACCAGGGGUGACCCGGGGAUCAAAGGCAAAGAAGGGCCACCAGGUGAUCCUGGACUCACUGGAGUCAGAGGUCCUGAAGGGAAGCCAGGGAAAAUGGGUGAGAAAGGGAAGCCUGGCCUCAAGGGUGCAAAGGGCAACAUGGGACAUCUGGGUGUGACAGGAACAGCAGGGAAACCCGGGCCAGUUGGAACCAUUGGACCAAAAGGAUCAAGAGGAACUACUGGACCUGCGGGUGCUCCAGGCCGGAUGGGACAACAGGGGGAUCCAGGUCUAGCAGGGUAUGAGGGUCACCAUGGUCCACAGGGUCCUAUAGGGCCUCCAGGACCAAAAGGUGUAAAGGGCGAACAAGGAGAUGAUGGGAAAAUAACAGGUCCUCCUGGUUCCCCUGGAUUUCGAGGUCGCAUCGGUGACCGAGGUGACCGAGGGGAGCCAGGAGAUCCAGGAUACCCAGGUCAGACGGGGGUGGACGGACUUCGAGGAAAAGCUGGUGCACCUGGAUUACCUGGUCACCCUGGUCCUCGUGGACAACAAGGCCCCAAAGGCUCAAAAGGGGAACAGGGUCAAAAAGGUAAACAGGGUCAGCAAGGAGAACGUGGAAGUAGAGGAGCACCGGCUGAGGUUGGCUUGCCAGGCCCGAGGGGUGUGAUUGGUCGAGAGGGCCGGGAGGGCGUUCCUGGAGUGGAUGGUAUUCCAGGGAAGGACGGAAGUAAAGGAAUACCAGGUGAGCAAGGAGACGAUGGAGAGGUCGGGCUUCCAGGGAAAUCUGGAGCAAGGGGGAAAGUCGGUGUUCCAGGUUUACCAGGAGAUCAGGGUUCAUUUGGCCCAAAGGGUGAGCGAGGUCUCCCAGGUCAUCCUGGUCCUUCAGGGAAAAGAGGAUUUAAAGGAGGAAUGGGACUGCCAGGAGCUCAGGGAGAUCCAGGGCCCAAAGGACAGCCAGGAGAUGUCGGAGAGCCUGGUUUUCCAGGGAUACUAGGAAUAUUUGGUCCAAAGGGGCCUCCGGGUGACUUUGGGCCAAAAGGUAUUCGUGGACCUAAAGGGCCCCCUGGACAAAUGGGUAAAGUGGGGGUGACUGGUCCUGCUGGUAUAAUCGGCCCAGGUGGCAGUCCUGGUCCUAG